AUGGGGAGUGUUGUUCGCACCUGGUUAUGGCAGCUGCGGGCUCGUCUCAAUUUCUCCAUCGCCCUCAGUCCUUCCAACUUCUGCGCCGGGAAGCGGGUCUUCCAUGAUGGGAAGGUCAUCGUCGACUUCGAGGACGGGUGUAGUUCAGUCCUCAGUGAUGGCAGUGCCGUCUUCUUCCAUAAUGGAAAUGUCGUCUUCCAUGAUGUGGACGUCGAGUUCGUUCACAAUGGGAAUGUCGUCUUCCUCAACGACGAGACCGAUGUCUUCCUCAAUCACGACAUCGACGUCUUCCUCCAUUAUGGGAAUGUUCUCUUCUCCUAUGAUGAGCAUGUCUUCUUCUCCUAUGAUGAGUAUGUCUUCUUCUCUUAUGAUAGGCAUGUCUUCUUCUUCUAUGACGGGAGUGUCGUCUACGUUCUUGAUGCGCUCAAGUUCUUCAUCACCCACUAUGGUGAUGUCUGUUUCAUCAUCUACGUCCGGAUCCAGCCGGCCUUUUACCACUACAGCAACAAUAGCCACAACUACAAGAGUAACGGUAACACCUUUAUCGAGCAUGGUGGCGCCGCUGUCUUCUACGGCUGCAACAUCCAGUCCUCGUUCGAGCGUCGCAACGUCCAGCCAGCCCCAAACGCCGGCCACCAGUGUUUCCCCGUCUCAGCAGCGGGCUACCACUACAACAACAUCCUCGUCUAG